AGCAGAGAAUCACUCUGAUUCUCCAACUGAGGGAGGGACAUUGCGUGUCCCACAGAAAGAUGAGAAGUCAGAUAAAGGGUGGAGGUGUAUGACUUCAUCUUUUUCUCUUUUUUUUUCUUCUUCAGGUAAGAUGCAUUUAAGGAAGUUGCCUAGUAAUAAAUCUGCAUGCCAUACAAGCAUACCUAGUUCUCUCUCACAUAAACAUGCAUCCCGUUUCAGAUGCAUGCAGUCCUCAGUAAGUUUACUAUUUGACAACACUUGAUGGGUGAUCUCACAUGCUUCAAGUCCAAUGAAAAAGCAUGGAUAACAGAAAGUCGGUGCAUGUUCCUCAGCUUAGCAACGAAAUGCAGCUGAAUGUCAUGAACUGGGUGAAAUCAGGCCAAAUGAGUAUCGAUGAAGCUCUGAUGCGGGCUAACAAUGGCACGUUACACAAGCAGAGGAACUCUGAGCCGGAGGAAAAACAGUCACAGUACAACUUCAGUGUUCGUAAGUUCAACCGCUACAUAUGGCAGAAACGGGUGUUGCAGAUUGAUUUCAGCACAAGCCUUUUGUGCAGCAUUGAGAAAGGCAUUGUGAAACGACAGCUCUGUUUUUCUGAGGUGAAAAACUGCCACGAUGCACCAGGUACCAAGUUCUCGAUUUCGUUUAGAGAUCGGUCUGACUAUGAGCUGGAAGCGGCGUCCUUAGAGGACAAGCAGCAGAAGAACAUUGGUGAGCAAGUAAUGCUACAUUGCUCCAAAUCUGUUCUGAUGAACAAACAAACUAAUCUACAUCUUGGAUGGCCUGAGAUCAUGCAGCUGGUGAAUCAGGUCAUCUUCAAUAACAUCUACAGCCUUCUUGAGAAUGUGAACUCGGUUGAAAUGCAAAAUGAACAGCUGCCUCCAACUCCUGGCAACCUCAAAGAGGGCCUUCUACUACUGCAGAGAGGAGGACUGGCAUCAUUCAAAUGGAAGAAAUAUGAGGCUAAUCUUCAGCCUGGUCAGCUGACCUUGUUCCCAGUCAUUCAGCAGUUUUCCAGCAGUGAUGCAGGUGUGUCUGUUUCCUCCAGCGAUUUUGUCUGGAGUCUCUCAGACAUUUACACCAGUGUGGAUAAUAUCAGGUGUACUGGGGGUGAUGGGGCAGCUCUUGUCAUCCAUCUCUCCGACGGUAAUGUCAGGGUGGACAUCCCCUGCAACACAGACACCUUCACCCUGCACAACGACAAGAAUGACUUUGUGUUCCGAAUACCAAAGAGUGACCACAUAACCCCAGAGGCUAUAACAAAUGAGCGAGAUGCCUGGGUCAAAGCGAUCAAACAGCUAUGUGUGGACUGGAAAAGAAAGUCACAUCCUGAACACUUCUAUGAAGCCCCAGAAAAAGAUCUCACGGAUGUUAAAGAGUCAGAAAGUAAGACUCCGGACAACCACGAUCCGCUUGCACCUCCACGGGUGCCACCUUCAUUGAGACCACGCUUGCCCAGAACAUCCCCGAUUGUUCCUGCAGCUUUGUCAGCAUCACCAGACCCAGAAACGGCUUCCCUGGAAGCAUCAGAAGCAGAACCGCAGCCAACGCUUACAGCACAGAACAGAGCUGUGCACAAGCCAGACCUGACGCCCUCAGCAGUGCCCGUGACCUCACCAGUAGCCACGUGCUCAUCACCGGAUCCGUUUGUUUUGCCCCCGCCGUUGCCUGUGCCAUCAGCAGUGCCAGGUCCUGUCCCUUCUGCCCCUUUGCCCCCUCCGCUGCCCAUCAAAUCCAAGCCGCUUUCAGAGAGGACAAAAGCUUUUCACUGGGACCUGGUGGCUCAGGAUAAGAUAGAGAAGUCGAUGUGGUCUUGCAGGAACCCCAGGAAGAUUGAAAUUGACACCUCGCGUUUGUAUGAGCUGUUUGGAGUGAAAGAGACGGCCCGCAUUGCCAGAUCAGAGUCCAUCAGUACUAUGGAAAUCAUGUUAAACUCAAAGAUCGCUCACAACUUCAAUAUUUUUCUCAGAAGUUUCCCUGUGCAUCCAAAAGAGCUUAAGGACAAAUUAUUGAUUAUAAAUGAAGAGGAAGGGGGUCUCUCUGACGAGCAUAUUGCCUCUCUCAGGAGAUACAUACCCACCCCAGAUGACACUGAGAUGUAUAAAUCGCACAAAGGAGACCCGAGUGAGAUGCAUGUGGUGGACCAGUACAUGAUGGAGAUGUGCAACAUCCCGAACCUCAGCGCCCGUCUGGACCUGCUGCUCACGUUGCGAGAGCUGCCCAUCUGUAUGGAGGAUCUCACGCCGCUGAUUAUCCAGAAGAUCCGCAUGUGCCAGCAGCUGUGGGCUUGUGAGUCAUUUGUCAGCGUGCUGGAGUACCUUCUGGCUGUGGGCAAUUACCUCAACCAGAACGCAGGCAAGGACAGGGCCAAGGGAUUUCGCCUCUCAUCCUUAACUAAGCUUUCCCAGCUGCGCGGGAACAAUCGGAAGUUCACCUUGCUGCAUGCCCUUGUGGAGCAGAUCAUGUUACGAGAACCAUGUUUGGCCACCUUUUUCCUGGAGCUUGCAGAAUUCGAGACUGUUCCUGGAGCUUCAGUUAAAGGUCUGACAGCAGAGGUGGAUGUAGUGAAGAAUGAAUUUCAGAAGAUCGUCCAAUACAGGAAAACAUACAGUAAAAGUAAAAAUGAAGUCAAUCAGCCCAAAUUCUUCAAAGACUUAAAGGCGGCCAUCGAGAAGCAUGAGGCCGAUCUCAGACAGCUGAUGAAGAGGUGUGAGGAGAUGAGGAAGCUCUACACUGACAUAUUGAUAAAAUUCGGAGAGCCUUUGGAUCAAGACUCCCAAGAAGUUUUUGGGUGGAUUUGCCAAUUUAUCGGUGACUUUAAGAAGGUGUACUCUGAAUACGCUCAAUGAAGCUGAUUUUCAUUCACUUCUGGAACAGUAGGUGUUUGUUUGUCUGAAUUUGCACCUGCUAUCAAGCAUGUCCUACAAUUUCAUUUGGGAAGGUUGAUUGGAGCGUCUGUAGAAACAGUCUUAUCUGCAGACUGCGACCGAUGUUUUCUGGAUCUUCUCCAGUGCUGGUGUUCAGUUUGAUUAAGUCUUGGCGAGCCGGAUCCUGUGCUUCUCUGACCUGGAGCUACAGCAAACUGCUCGUUUCUCAGACGUUUUCUGGAGGCGCAUAUCAUUUUGCUUCUGCGAGAGUGUAGCUGUAAUGGAUGUCAGUA